GGCCCCAGCAGCCUCGGCAGCCACAGCCGCUGCGGCCCGGGCAGCCUCCGCCGCGCUCGCCGCCUCUGAUGCGCCCGCCCUCCUCCGGCUCCGCGGCUCCGCGAGGAUGUGGGUCCUCGGCAUCGCGGCAACUUUUUGCGGAUUGUUCUUGCUCCAAGGCUCUGCGCUGCAAAUCCAGUGUUACCAGUGUGAAGAAUUCCAGCUGAACAACGACUGCUCCUCCCCCGAGUUCAUCGUGAAUUGCACGGUGAACGUGCAAGACAUGUGCCAGAAAGAAGUGAUGGAGCAAAGCGCGGGGAUCAUGUACCGCAAGUCGUGUGCCUCAUCCGCAGCCUGCCUCAUCGCCUCCGCCGGGUACCAAUCCUUCUGCUCCCCUGGGAAACUGAACUCAGUGUGCAUCAGCUGCUGCAACACCCCUCUGUGCAACGGGCCCCGGCCCAAGAAGCGGAGCAGUUCGGCCUUGGCUCUUCGGCCGGGGCUCCCCACCACCAUCCUGCUCCUCCAGUUCGCCCUCCUCUGGGCUCACUGCUGAAGGUGAAGGAGACCCUGGCGCCUCCUGCAUCGUGCUUGGGGCCCUCGCUCCCCCCGCUUCUCCUGGGUGUCCUUUGAUUCUGGGGUGGGAGGGGAGUAGGAUCAGCAUCUUCCGUUCCUUUGCCAGUGAAAGAGCUCCGUGUGAAACAUUUUUGUAAGCCCUGAAUAAAUUCGGUCUGAAUUUUCA